AGGCGAGGCUGUCCGGUUCAUCCAGGCCAACGGGAGAGUGGUCUACAUCUACGGGCCCCUGAAGACGUUGCAGCAGAUCAUGCGCCUGGCGCAGGCUCAGAACAUGACCAACGGCGACUACGUCUUCUUCUACCUGGACCUGUUUGGGAAGAGCUUGCAAGCUGAUGGGCAUCGUGAGGCCAAGAAGCCUUGGCAGAGCAAGGAGAGGCAAAAUGCAGGAGACCUCCGAGAGGCCUUCCAGACAGUGCUGGUGAUCACUGCCCAUGAGCCCCAAACCCCUGAAUACCAACGUUUCCAGAGCCAGCGGAUCCUGCUUGCCCAGAGAGACUUUGGUGUGGUGCUCAAUGACUCGUCGCAGGAGAACCUGGUGGCCGGCUGCUUCCACGACGGGCUGCUGCUGUAUCUCAAGGCCCUGAACGAAACACUUCGUGAAGGUGGAACCAAGCGGGAUACCAGCCGCAUCCUGGAAAAGAUGAGGGGCCUGAAAAUCCAGGGCGUCACUGGGACAGUGAGCAUUAACAGCAAAAAUGACCGAGAAAUGGAUUUCGACUUAUGGACCAUGGUGGAUGUGGAGAGUGGAGAAUACCAGGUGGUGGGUCAUUACAUGGGAUCAGAGAAGCGGAUCAACUGGACGGGGCGGAUCCAUUGGAAGGAAGGGGGGCCACCUCUUGACAACCCGCCCUGUGUCUUUGACGUGAAUGACCCCUUUUGUGGUAAGUCUCAGUCAAUGUCAUUCCUCACUCAUUCUGACCCUUCUCAGAACUUGCAACUGAAAGAGGAGACCCCGGAUGAAUUUGGUUGCUUCGAGCUGGAGCUGACAAGAUACGGUGGAGACGAAGACGAGAGGAUGGAGUACAGUGAGCUGAAAUACAUAUAG